AUGAAUUCAGCAAUGAUUUUAGUUCUAUUUGGAGCUUUUCUACAUCAAAUAGCUGCUGUAACAAAUCAACAUCCGAGUAUUUGGCAAAUAAUAAAUAAAGAUGAUAGACUUAAAAUAUUUGCUAUGGCGUUAAAAGCUGCUGGUUACAACGAAGCAAGCCAAGAGAAUAUUUUAAUAACUGUGUUUGCUCCCAAUGAUGCAGCUUUUGAGAAAGUUCCAAGUGAUAUUACCCAACAUUACACAGAUCCUCAAAAUAAGGAUGAGCUUGCUGAAUUACUUGCAUAUCAUGCUGUUAGUAAUAAAAGUUUGACAUCAGCUGAACUACUUAGAAUGAAUCUACCAGCACGUUUAGAAACACUUACCGGUGGUUUUAUUACAGUUACUAAACAAGAUAAUCAAAUUAAAAUCAAUAAUGCUACAGUAAUUGAAUCUGAUAUUUUGGCUAGUAAUGGAAUCAUUCAUAUUAUAGAUUCAGUUUUGUUCCCUAUAAAAUCAAAUAAAUAA